UUGUCUGAUUCUCUGCAUUGUGACAAGAUCAGUUGUAAAAAGUGCUAUACAAAUAAGUUAAAUUUGAUUUGCUCAGUGUAGCUGAAAAAUGGAUAACAGGUGUAGAAACAUGGUUAAAAUGGAAUGCAUAAUCUGUGUUUGUGUGUGUGUGUCAAUAGUGACAAAACGGGUUUCUGAUUAGGAAAGCUGAGGGAUUUCCGAGCUCUCGUGAUGGACCUUAAAAAGCAAGGACACCCCCCCCCCCUUCCUCCACCACACCGCCUACAGAACACAGAACAGGAAGUGCCCUGUUCCCUCCUCUAUCCUAUAUCUGCAUAUAGCUCAGGUCCUCUGCACCCUCACUGUCUGCUCUCAUUCACCAUGAUCACCAUCACACAGCAGUGUGUUCUGGGGUUCUACGCAUGGAUUUUCAUGUCUGUUAAUCUUGACACUGCCUGUGCAGUUGCCAUAAAAGACAGGUGUUUGGUGAUGCUCCCGGAGAUCCCAGAUUUUCACUCUCAGGGAGAAGCUGUGGUCAUCAGAUUCCCGUUUCUGGAGAAUGCCAUUAUUUACAGGAGACUUCAAGUGGACAACAGCACCAUAUUUCACAUUUCUCACAGCAACCAUGGUGACCUGAGAAACCAAAGUAACAGGGUGGUGCAGCGGGAACGUUCGCUUUGGCUCCUUCCUUCUUUGCCCUCAGACUCCGGAACUUACACCUACGUCUUCAGAAGCAGCACAUUCUGCUUUACUGGGAAGAUCUCUGUGAUCAUCUACGCGUCAGGAAAAGAAGACAUGGAUAUGAUGUCACAUCCUGUUUCUACACAGCCAGACAGGGACCUGACCAUCAACUGUCCUCACAUAGGUCAUUUCAAAAAAGCGGAAAGUCCUCAGUGGUACAAGGGUUUUCACUCUGAGGCUUUCCCUUUAAACAGCACUCGCUACAACACCCAAACCAACAACCUACUGACCAUCUCAAACAUCUCGGUGGAGGAUGAGGGGCUGUACACCUGCCGGCUUAGGGUCACAGUCAACAACACCCAGUAUAAUGUUAGCAGAACCUGGAAACUGCAGGUGUCAGAGCCAGUACCUGUCAUCCCAGUGUUGCUCCCACAACCCACAACCACAUCAUCUGAUACUGCUUUCCCCUCUUCAAGCGUUCUCCACCCGUACAUCAGCUCUCCUGUUAAUGGAUCUGUUAUCCAGAGUCAUCUUGGAUCCAUGCUGGUGAUCGAGUGCAGGGUGUUUGCUGGCAUUCAAUCCCCAGACUCCGCUAAGGUGGGCUGGUUAGUCAGCGGUCAGCCGCCCGAGCGCUCUGAUCUGAGUGGACGAGUGUUUCAGUCUCGGGGGAGGAUCACAGCUGGCCAUGUCCAGGUGCAGUUGGUGUUUCUUGAGGUGUAUGAGGAGGACACCAAGGUGGAUCUGAGGUGUGUCGCUGAGGAUGAGUCGGGAAGACAGGAAGCCGUCACACACAUUACACUGCAGGACUCUACGCUGGUGUGGUUGGUGACCGCAUCUGUAUCUGGCAGCUUUUUCCUGAUGGUGCUGAGUGUGUUCCUGCAUCUGCUGUGCGCUAAAUCACAAAAACAAAGGGACUACACCCUGGCCCGGCAGAGCAGCACCUAUUAACCGUCCUCAGUCUGUCCGACCAAUACACCUUUCUUCUAACUGCUGUAUAUACAUGCACCCACAAUAGCCAUUAUUAUUCCCUGCACUUUCUCUCACUGUACCUACAUCAUAUCCAUCUCCAUCUUAACAGCGACCCAUCAGCUACACUAUUUACCUGCUCUCUAUCCCAGCUCUCUAUCUCACUUUCUACUGUGUCUUCUGUGAGAGUUUUGUUAAAAGGUGGUUCACCACCCAUUAAAGAUUAUUUAGACCACACUAUUAAUUAAAUAAAUAAAUAAAUAAAUAUGUUCUUCAGUGACAAACGCUUAAAGGAUUUAGACAUUUAUAAGAUGUUUUCUUCAGUUUUCUUCAUAUUACAUCUACUGUUCAUAUCUGUGCAGAUAAUAAAAAGAAGUCUAAUCAGUCUGGCUACUGAUACUGAGCUGCAGCCGUUAUUUCAAUGGCUAUAUUCACACAGCAGGUAAAAGUGUCCAAAGUUUGAUGAUCUGAUUAAAUUCGUUGUUUAUUUAUUUUUUUUAAUGUGACUUGUGACUCAAAUUAUUUGUAUACCACGUUUUCAACUGAUCUUGUCACAAAGCAGCUUUACAGAAACAAUCACAGGACAAAGAAUCAGGCAAAACAGGCAAGGAGAAACUCCCUCAGAGCUGCAGGAGGAGGAAGAAACCUUGGGAAGACCAAGACACACAUUUAAGGGGGGACCAUCCUACCACUUAUCAGAGAGCUUUUAGUUUAAUUUAAUAUUAAUUUUAAAAACUCUUUAUACAUCCACAUAGGUUUAUAUAUCCAAGAGUAUAGCAGCGCCACUAAUUGGAGCAGUUAGAGUUCAUGUAAGCUUGGAUGUAAUCAGUCGUGGAGAGUGAGAUGGACGAUGAGCAGCUGAUCUGUGGUGGGUGAUGGAUGGAGAAGAGCUGACUUCAGAAACUUCCAUCAGUCA